UCUCAUUUCCUAUAUCAUCGUCAGUCGGAGAGUUUGAUAUGGAACCGCAGCAAUGUUGAAAAAUGCCAUCAGCGCAGCAGCUAUUCUUUGUUGCACACACAUUGUAAUAUCCGGAAGGGCAGCCCUUGCAUUUUCCGAAUCCAUCAUCAAGAUUAAUCUGCUGCUUGCACUUCGCCGUGAAGAUGGAUUUACGAGAUUGCCAGAGCCGGCAAACGGCGUUAAUUCAGGAUGCUGCUCAAACUUCUUAUCACCCACAUCCAACUGCGAAAAAAAUCAUCGCGGAAGUAAAAAAGGCUACAAAGAGCUUAGAGAAAAAUUACAACAUUUCUCAUUGAAGCCUGAGGAAUUUACUUCAAGUACAAGGAAGAGCAGUUGCUUCGCUGGAGAAGAGAAAAGCGGAGAAACGAGUUAA